AUGACAGAUCCCCCAAUAGUAAAUUUGAAUGAAAACAAGCCUUUGGGGGAUAUCUUAGUUGAAUUUAUAGGACUAAAUAGAAUUUCCCAGUCUAACUUUCGGCGUCAUGUAGAACUUAUUAAAUCUUCCACAAAUGUUAUCGAACUGUUACAAAAUAUAAAUCACACAAAUCAAGUCCUUUCACAAUUGGGAAUAUUUCAACCUUUCGAGCGAAAUGGCCAUGAAGCCUAUGCUUUUGCCGAUAUAAAACGGGGUGCCAAUCCAGGUGACGUGAAAGUGGAAAUUAGUGUUAAAGAACAACGACCAAAUUGCAGUUUUGGCGCAAAUGUAGAUUCUAGGAGCAAUGCUGGUUUCGAAGCAAAGGCUACAAUACCUGGAUUCAUGGGAUAUAUUAAUAAUUUGGAAUUAAAUGCCAAUAUUUCAGGGACAAGUAGUAACCAAUUGGAUUGUAUUUUAAACAUUCCUCAACCUUUCGGAUUCAAUAUUUAUGGAUCACUACAGUUGUUCAAGACCAUGCAAGAUAACUCAUAUCAAUCAUCCUUCUUUGCUGAUAUAAAGGGUCUAAAUCUAUCACUAAGAGAUUCAAAAUCAAGACAUUGCUUUAGCUGGGGGACUUCAAUUAGGGACCUAGUACCUCUGUAUAACGAUAAGAGAAGAGCAUCAGAAAGCAUUUUAUCUAGUUGCGGUAGAUCUAUAAAAAAUUCUGUGAAAUACAAAUUUCACAGAGAUGAAAUUGAGACGGAUCAAGUACCGAUAUCCGGAAAUGCAACCAGUUGCUCAUUGGAAUUUGGAAUUGCAGGGGGAGAUUCAAGAUUUGCCAAAUUCGAAGCAGAAGCUCUUUACGCCAAAAAGUUAAAUGAUUUUAUGGUUUUCAAUCUAAUGGCAAGUGUUGGUUAUUUGAAUCAUUUACCCGUAUACCACAAGAAAAGUCAUUUGCUGGAUCGGUUCUAUUUUAGUGGUACAUCAGGCAGCAGUCGUUUAUUUCGCGGGUUUUCUAAAUUAAUUGGUCCUUUUGAUACAGGGUUUAGAAAUGAUGAUGGACAGUGGAAACCCUGUUAUGAUUAUUUGGGCGGCGAUUACUACAGUAACGUCCAAAUAACAAUGUAUUUUUUGAACAAAAAAGUCCCCUUUUUCCAGCCCAUGUUGUGCACUAAUCUUGGCACUCUAUCAUCCCUUAAAGGAUCGGAUUUAUCGAAUAUUUACUCCCAAGCCGCAAACGAUUUAAGAGCUUCAGUUGGUGCCGGAGUAUCCAUGAACGUUGGAACAGGGGUUUGGCUUGAAUGUUGUAUUUCUUAUCCUUUAUUAUCACAACAAAAUGAUGUACCAUCGAAUGUUCAUAUUGGUCUCCGCUUUAAACCAAGCUGA